AUGUCGUUGAAAUUUCUUCCAGGCCGUCCAAAUGACACGCAGCAGACUUCCUGCCAGGCUCAGUGGCAGGAAAUGAUAAUAUUCGCAUAUUGUUCUGGAAAUAACGUCAUUAUCUUUUCGAAUGACUAUUCUCGAUUGCAGACGAUCUAUCUCGAUACAGACGGAGCUGCCGUCGAUAUCAAUCCAUCCAAUGGUUUCAUUGCAGUGGCUGUGAACAAUUUCGUUUCCAUUUACAAACCAAUACAUGAAGUCAUGAAGACCCCGAAGUGGGAAUAUUGUUGCAAAGUCUAUCAUGACGAUACCCGAGUGAACUCCAUUUGCUGGGGCGCUUCCAAUGAGAUUGUCGUGGGAACACAGUAUCUCUCAUUUUGGAAAAUAAAAGAUGAAUUUGGGGAAUAUAAGCCGGUGCUUCUAUGGAACAAAAGGCAACCGAAGGCAGUUUAUCAAUGUAGGAUCUCUGAAAACUCUCAGUUGAUUGCAAGUUUUGGUAAAUAUGACCAUACAGUUAAACUAUGGAGGCGUAUAUCGAUCAGCGGGGAACAGGAUAUAUUCAAUCUAGCCUUAUUGCCGCACCCAGCUCCAGUGGCUGCGAUAAGGUGGAAGAAAUCCGGCCCAACACCAUCAGAGAGAGAUUCUGAAGGAUCACAAGUCAUUUAUACACUAUGCUCCGAUCAUAGAUUUCGUGUAUGGUCAUGUUACGAGAUGGAAGCGAUCAGAACCGUCCAGCAGUGGGGCUCUAUCCAGAUGAAUGAGAACCAAAGAUACUGUUUUAUAAUAGACGCGUGGAUACUAAAUAAGUGCCUCGGCAAGAGCUUAUCGAAGGAUGAAGACAUCAAAACAGAGCCAGAUCUAGUAUUCCUUGGGACCUCAGAUGGUCAUUUUGAAGUCCACUCACUCACUGGUCUCUCACAAUGCCCUCCAAAGCCAAUGGGAAGCAAGAAAUUACAGUCCAAACAUAUAUCGUACGCUUCGUUUGUUAAGGACCCCGAUUACCUUUACUUUGCUGAGGCUCAACCAUAUGACAGCUCGAAGGCAACAAUUUCGGUUGUUGUCCAUGAUUUGCGGGGUGUAAUCAGACAGUCAAUAUUAGACAUGGGUCAAUUGCUCAAUGAUAAAGAAACGGAGAUCGGUCACUUACAGAACAAGUUUACGGGGACCAACAAAUCCAUUCAGGCACUGAUUAGAAGCAGCGAUGGUGAAGCAAUGCUAACGACAUCGAGAUUUUCUGAAUGCUGCGUAUGGCGCCCGCAACAGACGGACAGAGCUUCUCUUCGAUUGAAAAAUGUGAUAAAAACAGAGGUGCCGAUGAAACUCGCAGUUGUACAUGAAAAAGGGCAGCUGGUUAUAUGCUUUCUAGAAAACUCCAAAAUACAAGCUUGGGAAUGUCCCAACGACCAAGAAGAUAAGAAGAAAUCAUUUUUGAAAUCAGAAUACGCAUUACCGCCAUGCCCAGAACCGGGAGAACCAAUUCUUAUGCUCAAUACACCAGAACCUCAGCAUAGUCAUGAGCGACACUUCGUCGCUUUCAUAUACCGCGAUGGUUCAAUUAAAGCCUUCAAAGUAACCUCGUAUGCAAUUGAGCCAGUUUACUCGGAUAACCUGGACAUAUCAGGUCAUGACAUAUAUCGCAUCUCCACAAUAGAUCCAGUGCACAGUCAUUUCUUCAGCAAUAGACCGCUAGUGUCUUUAACCACAGAAAACGGGAUUACCAGGACAUACAAAGCAAUCGUCAAUGCUGAUGAGGGCCAAAUCAAAUGGAUCAAGGACUUUGAACUAAACACAGGCAUCCAGGAUAUCCCACUCAUUAGGGGUUCAUCGACUAGUAAACUGUGUUUAGUUCAUUCGACGGGGAAGAAAAUGUCCUUAUGGGACAUGAAGAGGGGCGUUUUAGAAUAUGAAGAGACGUUCGAAGAUACUGUCGAAGACAUCGAUUGGACAAGCACACCUUUUGGUCAGAGUAUUGUUUCUAUCGGUUUUAAAAGUUACGCUCUCCUGUACACCCAGCUGAGAUAUGACUACACGAAUAACAAUCCAAGCUAUCUUCCAAUUGAAAAGAUCGACAUAACCUCCCACACGGACCAUGAAAUUGGAGAUUCAACGUGGUUGAAAGACGGAAUGUUUGUGGUGGCCUCAGGCAACCAACUCUAUGUCAAAGACAAAUACUUCGAUCAGGAUGAUCCAUUCACACAUCGCUCAAUUGGUUCCCGAAGAAUCCUCUCUAAUGAUAUCCUCCAUUUAAGCAGUGUUCUUAAUGGUCCGCUACCGGUUUACCAUCCCCAAUUUCUCAUUCAGGCGCUUUACGCUAACAAAUUGCAGUUAGUGAAGGAGCUUUUGUUGAGGUUGUUCCUUGAACUGAGAAAGCUCAACUUCAACUCUGAGGACCUGGCAAAUCUUGACUCCAACCUCCAUGUCGAAAGCUACAAAUUCUCAAUCGGUAAAGAUCGAGAUUACCCAAGAGAAACCUUUCCUGAUCCCUUUCCAGAGUAUAGCGACAAAGUAUCAGUGGCUCUUACAGAACAAUUAACAAAAAUGACGUUGCCAUACCUCACUCGUCAUCAACAGAUAACUCUCAUUACGGUGAUCGGUGCGAUAAGCGAUAUCACGAAAAAUGAAACUGUUGUAGACUAUAACGGAAUCAGAUUCUUGCUUGGAGUCAAAUUGUUUUUAUCUCAUAGAAAGUCUCAGAAGGAGCUACUCAUGAGAGAUGUGACCUGGGCAUUACACUCUGACAAUAAAGAACUGUUGAUGUCCAUUUUUGACAGCAACAUCGUUUCUUGGGAAAGGGCCAAGGAGUUCAAGAUAACCUACUGGUCAAGAGAAAGCGAUUUAGUUCGAAAAUUCGAGCAAAUAGCAAAGCAUGAAUUUUCGACAGGUGAUACGAGGGACCCCAGCAAGUGCGCAAUAUUUUACUUGGCGUUGAAGAGAAAGCAGAUUUUGAUCAGCUUGUGGAAAAUGUCUGUUGGUCAUCCUGAGCAACAAAAGAUGUUGAAAUUUUUGAGCAAUGACUUCUCUGAAGCCAGAUGGAGGAGCGCAGCCUUAAAGAAUGCCUUCGUACUGCUAAGCAAACACCGAUUCAUGGAUGCAGCAUGUUUCUUUCUGCUCGCAGAUUCGUUAGAAGAUGCGGCGAAUGUAUUAUACAAACAGGUUAAUGACAUCGACUUGGCCGUUGGUGUAUGUAGGAUCUAUGAGGGUGACAAUGGACCAGCCCUUGGCAGCUUGCUGUUACAACAGGUAUUGCCCACAGCAAUCAUGGAAAAUGACAGAUGGAUGACAAGCUUCAUUUACUGGAAACUGAAGAAGCAGCAUGUUGCCAUAAAAGCUUUAGUAACGGCCCCGGUAAACCUUGAGAGAAAUGCCGAACUUGUGGAUAAGGAAAGCUGCGUUAACAAAUCCUUUUUAGUUGAGGAUCCGGCGCUACUAAUUCUCUAUGCUCAUUUAAGGAAGAGGAAUAUCAAGUAUUUUAUGGGUUCUUUAGAGAUCGAGAACACACUUGAAUACAACUGCGUUUUAAGAGUGACCGAUAUUUUGAGAAGAAUGGGCUGUGAAUUUCUUGCAUUAUCUAUCGUCAAGAACUGGGAAUUCAUUGAAGGUAAUUCAAGGAUCGAGAAGCUAAUCACAUCGCCAAACGGUAAUUUCAACAUCAAUUCUAUUGCUGCGGAGCCAACGAAGACAGAAUUGGUGAGACCAAGCUUGUUUGAUAAGUUCUCCGACAAUUUCUCCUCGACACAAGACUCUACAAAUGGCAAAAUGUUGCCAGAGAAUAUUAAUGGUAAGACCAAAAACCUAUUGGAUGACUUUAUGUCAUCAUCAGGGAACAUGGAAACCAGCAGGAAUUUAUUAGAUGACUUUUCUCCGCAAUCCACUGACCCUAAUACAGCCUCUUCGGCAAGAAACACGAUGGAAACGUAUGCUUCAACACCAUCAAGUAGAACAACUUCCUCUCUAGAGGUAGGAACCAAAGAACCAAAAAGUCUCUUGGAUGAUUUCAAGACUGAUGCUACCACUACGGAAAGAGCACCGGCUAAAGUAGCACAAACGGCUCCAAGAAAUCUGCUGGAUGAUUUCAUGUAA